ACGACAGUGUCAACGGCUGGACUCAUUAGGCAAUUUUCCCCUUCAUUUUUACUCGAACAUGGAUUCCACAAACCCCAAGGAAACGGAAAAGCACUGUGUUCUGUGCUGCCAAGAUAUCGACAUCUUCGCCUUCGGAAAAUGUGACCACCCGGUGUGUUAUCGCUGCUCCACCAAAAUGAGAGUGCUAUGCGAGCAGAAGUACUGCGCCGUCUGCCGCGAGGAGCUGGACAAGGUGGUGUUUGUGAAGUCUGCGGAGGCAUUUUCUUCUCUGCCACAUCAGCAGUUCCCCUGUGACAAAAAGAAUGACAUCUAUUUUGGCGAUGAGAAGAUCCAUGCUCAGUACAGGCACCUGCUGUUGUCACAAUGUCCCUGCUGUGCUGAACCUAAGAUCUUCUCCAAGUUUGUGGAGCUGGAGCAGCACAUGAGGAAGCAACAUGAGCUCUUCUGUUGCAAGCUCUGCACAAAGCAUCUGAAGAUCUUUUCCCAUGAGCGGAAGUGGUACAACCGUAAAGAACUCGCACGCCAUCGAGCUCACGGCGACCCAGAUGACACCAGUCACAGGGGACACCCGCUGUGUAAAUUCUGCGACGACCGCUACCUCGACAACGACGAGCUGCUCAAACACUUGAGAAAGGACCACUACUUCUGCCACUUCUGCGAUGCUGACGGCUCUCAAGAAUAUUAUAGUGAUUACCAGUACUUGAGCGAGCACUUCAGAGAAUGUCACUAUCUUUGUGAGGAGGGCCUCUGCGCCACAGAGCAGUUCACCCAUGCAUUCCGCACCGAAAUCGACUACAAGGCACACAAGGCGUCGGCGCACAGCAAGAGUCGUGCAGAGGCCCGCCAAAACCGCCACAUCGACCUGCAGUUCAACUUGGCUCCAAGACAACAGAGGAGAAAUGAAGGCAUGGUCACCGGGGAAGAUUAUGAGGAGGCUCGUCACCACCGAGCAGGAAGAGGAAGACCUCAGGUGGGACAGAAGAGCUGGCGGUACUCUCGUGAGGAAGAGGACAGAGAGGUGGCAGCCGCUAUGCGGGCGUCGAUGGCAAUUCAUAGACAAGACGAUCGACUGGCCGCGCUGGAGAGGAGCGCUCCCAAAUAUUAUCGUGAGGAGAGGACCGACAGACCCCAAUCGGAAGAGCCAAAUCCCAGGACAGGGCCAAUCAAACCAACAAGCAAACCUCCAGUAAGGACAAUGAGGAGUUUAAAUCCAAUGGAGGAGGAGGAUGACUUUCCGGUAUUGGGAGCUGCUGCACCACCUGCAAUUGUGAAGUCCUCUUCACCGGUGGUUCCCUCAGCUCCCAGGACCCUUAAGGAAGACGACUUCCCCAGCCUGUCAGUAAUUAAUGUCGCAGCCCCCAUGACGCCGUCUUAUCCCGCCCAACCAAAGAAGUCUUCUUUUCAAGAGGAGGAUUUCCCCGCUCUUGUGUCCAAAAUUCGGCCCCCCAAAUCCGCAACGGGCAAGAACUCUGCGUGGUCCACUCACGCUGUUCCGGCUCAGCCCAAAGCUCACCCCGCUCCUUCUUCCAGGCCUCCCCCUCAACUCUCCUCAGCAUCCCCCGGCCCCCAACUCUUGACCUCCUCAAGCUCCUCCUCAUUGUCAAGGAGAAAAAAGAAAGUCGGGGAGAAUUUAAAAGUCGCUCCCGUAUGCUCGCCUCCUUCCUCCGACGACGAGAGUGGCGGAAUGACGCAGCAGCAGUUCCGCUCGGUGCCCACCAUGCUUGACAUAUCAUCUCUGCUUACAGUUAAAGGAAGUGGCGACAAAGCUUUCACUGCGAACAGCAGCGCACCCACCUCAGCGCCUGGCGCUGACCUCCCUACCGCUAAAGCCAGCAAAAAGAAAAAACAAAAGAACACGGCUUCUCCUUCUCACUCAGAAUCAGGGACGCCGGGGCCCUCAAAGACGCUUUCGGUGGAAACGACGGCUCAAAAGGAGAAUGUUCCUGAAAAAAACAGGUCCAAGCCCUCCAGUGCUACGGCGGCGACGGCACCGAGCCGAUUGGUGAAUGGCUUCAAAGAGAAACCAGCCAUUAGUAAGGAGACGGUCACGGCUUCGCCACAAACCAACUCUGAUGCAUUUGUCCAACAAGAGGAAGACUUCCCCGCCCUCAAGUCGAAGAAGCCACCUCCAGGCUUCAAGACCUCCUUCCCAACAAAGUCAUCCGCUCCUGCCCCAUCCUCGUCAAUGCCCCCGCCGCCGCCCGGCCUGGGACUUUUGGCCACCAAGCCCCCUCCGGGCUUCACUGGGAUCCCCCUCAACAGUAAUGUGGUGGAGAGCCCUCCUUUGGCAGUUAACCUCCUGCCGAAAACAUCGAAUUGUGAUUACCUGGUUCCCGAGGACUUCCAUCAAAGAAACCUGGAGCUGAUCCAGUCCAUUAGAAAGUACCUCCAUGAUGACGAGUCCAAGUUCAAUCGGUUCAAGAACUAUUCGGCACAAUUCAGACAGGGUGUCCUAUCUGCAGCCCAGUAUCACCGCAGCUGCAAGGACUUGCUGGGUGAAGACUUCAACCGCAUCUUCAACGAGCUGCUGGUCCUGCUGCCAGACACCGUCAAGCAGCAGGAGCUCCUGACGGCGCACGGAGACUGCAAGGCUCUGGAGAAACAGUCGGGAACGGGAGGAGGCGGUGGAGGAAGGAAAAGCAAGAACAAGAAAAACGCAUGGCAGACGCAUAGCACGCAGGCUAACGGUAACGCCAACGCCGUCGAGCUGGACUGCCAGGUGUGCCCCACGUGCAGACAGGUGCUAGCCCCGAAGGAUUUCAACUCCCACAAGACGCUGCACAUGCGGGACGACGACGAGUUCCCUUCCUUGCAGUCCAUUAGCCGAAUUAUCAGCUAGCCCCGCGGUGCCAUUAAGUACUCUGUUGAUGACUCUCAUCGACAGCUGCCAGCAUGGAAGACGGCCGCGGUGGCUCACUGCUCGAAAGGGGGACAACGUGGUUCCUGAUGAACACGACGUUCAAACAUGUAACAGUUCAAAUGUCGUCUGAAGUCGCGUUCCAACUGAAAUAUGUGCAAUAUGAUUUCAAGACGACGGAAGACGCAACCUGAUGAGCUUACUUGAAGAAGCCCUUUGCUCCUGAAAAGACCCCCCCAGGCUCAAGAAUGACACGUUUCUUUUGGUUAACAUGACAGUUGAUCCUAUUUCAGUAUCAAGUCAGGAUGCCUGGUUCAAAAAUAAAAGCAGUUCCAAACUAAAUUAUCUAGCUCAUUGUGUUAAUGUAGCUGUUGAGCUCCAUUGAGUUGUGACUGUAUGCAAAAAUAGAACAAAUGUCUUUUUUUUUUCAUUUACAUCGGUUCAAACUAAUGGAGGAGUUUGCAAUUUUGAAAAAAAAAAUUAUAUAUAUAUAUAUAUAUAUUUUUUUAAGAGGUGACAGUACUACAUGAUAAA